AGUUGAAUGAUUGGAUACUCUUGAAUGAUAAGGUGUGUUGCUACAAAGAAAGGGAAAUAGAAAAGAGAAUCUGUGCAAGUUGAAAAUCAAAAAGUUGAAGUUCAAUUGUCAUUUUAACUAUAACCUCUUUUUGUUUAUCAAUUGUUUCCAAUUGACUUUUACCUCAUUUUUCAUCCAAUACAUCCACUUGUUCCUAAUUUUGUUAAAUAUUAUCUAUCAUCAUCGGUCGAUCACCUGUCAAGCGUCGUAAAAUGUCAACCACUUCCCAGAAGCACCAUAGCUUCGUGUCAGAGCCUAUGGGCGAUAAACCAGUAACCGAUCUAGCUGGUGUUGGUGAAGUCCUUGGGAAAAGAUUUGAAGAUAAUGGAUUUGAUAAGGCUUAUGUUGUGCUGGGCCAAUUUUUAAUUCUCAAAAAGGAUAAAGAGCUUUUCUCUCUAUGGAUGAAGGAGACCGUCAAUGCAAACAGUAAACAGGCCAAAGAUUGUUACCAAUGUCUCUCAGAAUGGUGUGAUCAAUUCCUAUAGAGACUUUUUUUAAAGUGUCAUUAAAAGAGUUUCAUUAAAAAAGUGUCAUUAGAACCCUCAUUAAAUUGGCGACAAACUUAA